UCCACAACCAUGAACAAGGGCAACGGCAGGAAGAGGCCGGCGCAGCAACCACCCGUGCCGCCACAACCACCGAAGCACCAAGCGACGGAGGUGGCUAUCGAAGAGGAAGACAUGGACGAGGAUGUAUUCCUUGAAGAAAACCUUGUUGACGAAGAUGAACUCAUCCUCCGCGAUAUGGAAGAUCGGGAAGCCCUCGCAACUCGCCUUGAGAAAUGGAAACGGCCAGUAUUAUCUACGGGGUACCAGUCUCAGUCAGAGAAGAUAGUUUUUCAGCAAUUGGAGAUUGAUUACGUGAUUGGAGAGAGUCACAAAGAAUUGAUUCCUACCUCAGCUGGCUCUGCUGCUAUUAUCAGAAUAUUUGGUGUAACCAAGGAAGGAAAUAGUGUAUGCUGUAAUGUUCAUGGAUUUGAACCAUACUUUUAUAUUAGCUGUCCUCCUGGAAUGGGCCCUGAUGAUAUAUCUCGGUUCCAUCAAAUUCUUGAGGGGAGGAUGAGAGAAGUCAACAGGAACAAUAAGGUUCCUAAGUUCAUUCUCCGUAUAGAACUAGUUCAAAAGAAGAGCAUUAUGUACUACCAGCAGCAUAGUUCUCAGCCCUUCCUUAAAAUUAUUGUUGCAUUGCCGACAAUGGUUUCUAGUUGCCGAGGAAUUCUUGACAAAGGGAUACAAAUUGAUGGUCUUGGUAUGAAAAGCUUCAUGACAUAUGAGAGUAAUGUUCUUUUUGUUCUUCGCUUCAUGAUUGAUUGCAAAAUCGUUGGGGGCAAUUGGAUUGAAGUUCCAGCCCACAAAUACAAGAAGACAGCAAGGAAUCUUUCAUACUCUCAGUUAGAGUUUGACUGCCUUUAUUCUGAACUGACUAGCCAUGUUCCAGAAGGAGAAUUUUCCAAAAUGGCUCCAUUUCGCAUAUUAAGUUUUGACAUUGAGUGUGCUGGUCGUAAAGGCCUUUUUCCUGAGCCUACGCAUGAUCCUGUUAUUCAGAUUGCAAAUCUGGUCACACUUCAGGGAGAGGAACAGCCAUUUGUGAGAAAUGUCAUGACCCUAAAGUCAUGUUCGCCAAUAGUCGGUGUUGAUGUGAUGUCAUUUGACACAGAGAGAGAGGUUUUGCUGGCUUGGAGGGAUUUUAUUCGUGAAAUUGAUCCAGAUAUCAUAAUAGGUUACAACAUUUGCAAAUUUGACUUGCCAUAUCUGAUUCAGAGGGCAGAGACAUUGGGAAUAACCGAGUUUCCGUUACUGGGCCGCAUCAGAAAUAGUAGGGUUCGUGUCAAGGAUACAACUUUUUCCUCAAGACAGUAUGGUACAAGGGAAAGCAAAGAAGUUACACUGGAAGGGAGAGUUCAAUUUGAUUUACUUCAGGCUAUGCAAAGGGAUUAUAAAUUAAGCUCGUAUUCGCUGAAUUCUGUUUCAGCACACUUUCUUAAUGAGCAGAAAGAGGAUGUUCAUCAUUCAAUUAUAUCUGACCUUCAGAAUGGUAACCCAGAGACAAGACGAAGAUUGGCUGUAUAUUGUCUCAAGGAUGCCUAUCUCCCUCAGCGGCUGUUGGACAAGUUGAUGUACAUUUACAAUUAUGUGGAAAUGGCUCGAGUCACGGGUGUUCCUAUAUCAUUUCUUCUUUCUAGAGGGCAGAGCAUCAAGGUACUCUCUCAACUUCUAAGGAAAGCAAAACAGAAGAAUCUAGUGAUUCCUAAUGUGAAACAAGCAGGAUCUGAACAAGGAACGUAUGAAGGUGCAACUGUUUUGGAAGCCAGAGCGGGAUUCUAUGAGAAGCCAAUUGCCACAUUGGAUUUUGCAUCUCUAUAUCCAUCAAUCAUGAUGGCAUAUAACUUAUGCUAUUGCACUCUAGUGACUCCUGAAGAUGUCCGCAAGCUCAACCUUCCCCCAGAAUGCAUCAACAAAACGCCAUCUGGUGAAACAUUUGUCAAGACAAAUUUGCAGAAGGGUAUACUUCCAGAAAUUCUUGAAGAACUGUUAGCUGCUCGUAAAAGAGCCAAGGCAGAUUUGAAAGAAGCAAAGGAUCCUCUAGUGAAGGCUGUAUUGGAUGGUCGCCAGCUGGCUUUGAAGGUAAGUGCAAAUUCAGUGUAUGGGUUUACAGGAGCUACCAUUGGCCAGUUACCAUGCCUAGAGAUAUCUUCCAGUGUUACGAGCUACGGUCGACAGAUGAUUGAACAUACAAAAAGACUUGUUGAAGAUAAAUUUACAACACUUGCAGGAUAUGAGCAUAAUGCCGAGGUCAUAUAUGGGGAUACAGAUUCAGUUAUGGUGCAAUUCGGUGUGCCUACUGUGGAUGAAGCCAUGAACCUGGGUAGGGAAGCUGCAGAUUUCAUAAGUGGUACUUUCAUCAAACCUAUAAAACUAGAGUUUGAAAAGGUUUAUUUCCCAUAUCUACUGAUCAGUAAAAAGAGGUAUGCUGGUCUCUAUUGGACAAAUCCGAAAAGUUUCGACAAGAUGGAUACAAAAGUCUUGUUGCAAAAUGCAAGGGAAAAAGGCAUUGAAACUGUACGAAGGGACAACUGUCUGUUGGUCAAAAAUCUGGUGACUGAGUGCCUUCACAAAAUACUAAUAGAUAGGGACGUACCUGGAGCUGUUCAAUUUGUAAAGAAUACCAUUUCGGAUCUACUUAUGAAUCGCAUGGAUUUGUCUCUUCUGGUUAUUACCAAGGGACUGACAAAAACAGGAGAGGAUUAUGAAGUCAAGGCAGCACAUGUUGAACUUGCAGAGCGAAUGCGAAAGCGAGAUGCAGCUACUGCUCCAAAUGUCGGAGAUCGAGUACCAUAUGUCAUUAUUAAAGCUGCCAAAGGUGCCAAGGCAUACGAGAAGUCAGAGGACCCGAUAUACGUGUUGGAAAAUAAUAUACCCAUUGAUCCUCAAUACUACCUUGAAAAUCAGAUAAGCAAGCCACUAUUGAGGAUAUUUGAACCCAUCUUGAAGAAUGCUAGUAGAGAACUUCUUCAUGGAAGCCAUACUAGAGCUAUUUCCAUCUCUACUCCAUCAAAUAGCGGGAUAAUGAAGUUUGCAAAGAAGCAACUAAGUUGUGUUGGUUGCAAAGCUUUAAUCAGUAACAAAGAUCAUACACUUUGCUCACAUUGCAAAGGAAGGGAAGCAGAACUUUAUUGCAAAACAGUAGCUAAUGUAUCGGAGUUGGAGAAGCUUUUUGGGAAGCUAUGGACACAGUGCCAGGAGUGCCAAGGAUCUCUUCAUCAAGAUGUUUUAUGUACAAGCCGUGAUUGCCCGAUAUUCUACCGGAGGAAGAAAGCACAGAAAGAUAUGGCUGAAGCCAAAGUCCAAUUAGAACGAUGGAACUUCUAGUAUUCUACUUUCUGCUGUAUUAUGCACUCUGCAAAGGCGAACCCACAUGUCAAAAAUGGAAGGAUAAAAUGAAGUGUUUGUUUCAGUUCAUCAUCUACCUUUUAUGACCAUGAAUGAUGAUAGAUCUGGUCUAACAUUUUCGUUUAGGAGAUAGAUUCAGUAAUUGUAUAAUAGGUGUUUCUUGUUAUGUUAUGGUAUUCUGAUUCACUUCACUCAGAAUAUAUAGGAAUGUCAAACUGUAUGUCGUUAAUGAUUUGUUACAGCAAUUAGAUACUUUUAGCUCA